AUGGCUGGCACACAGCCCUCAAUAGAGUAUCUGUCAACAGGAGCCAACAGGCAGACUGCCGUCGCCGACUGGAGCCCAUGUGGUCUUCUUGCCUUUGGCGCUGACUGCAACAUUGCCUUGUGGGCGCCGUCUUCACAAAAUGCAGAGGGCAUCACAACUCUCCUGAGUGGGCACAAGGAGGUUGUCAAAGCAGUCAAAUUUUUGCCCCAAGUGGACGGCGAAGACCGCAAGCUCCUCAUCAGUGGCUCAGAUGACCAAACACUCAAGAUCUGGGCAGUGGACCCAAAGACGAACCAAGGGGAGUGCAUUCAGACGAUACACAAUCAUUCGGCACCCGUGAACUGUAUCGCCAUCCUGCGGUCCAAGGGGACCCAUAAGCAGGUUCUUCUGGCUUCAGGGGCUGCCGACGCAACCAUCAAGAUCUGGAAGCUUGACAGCAGUCAGCUACAGCUGCGCCAGACUAUCAAAACCGCCCCCAAGUACUUUCUCCUAUGCUUGGCUCUCACAGCGCUCGACGAGGCCGAAGAUGUGUUUGUCUUGGCCGCAGCAGGAACAAAAACGUUUGUGCAAAUAUUCGUCGCCGCUGCUGACGAUGAGACCGUCGACUUCAAGCUCCAGGCUACUCUAUCGGGCCACGAAGGCUGGAUACGAUCCCUGGAGUUCACGUGGGAGAAGACGGAGGCGAAUAGUGACCUGCUCCUCGCCUCGGCUAGUCAAGACAAGUAUGUCAGACUAUGGCGUCUGCACUUGGGCAAGGAAUUGCCGUCACUCGCCGCGGAAGGCUCAGAUCCUCUAAGCGGUGCCUAUCUGCCGGGCAAGUCUCCCUCAAAUAAGGCCCACCGGCUUCAGUCCGCCGGCAAGGACUUCUCCAUCACCUUCGAGGCCCUCCUCCUCGGCCACGAAGACUGGAUCUACAGCGCAAAGUGGUUCACUAGCCGUGAAUGCAAGCUUCAGCUGCUUUCCACUUCCGCAGACAACUCUCUCGCCAUGUGGGAGGCCGACAGCACCUCCGGUAUCUGGGUCAGCAUGGUCAGGCUAGGCGAGAUCAGCAGAGAGAAGGGCGCGACGACGGCGACGGGCAGCAUCGGCGGCUUUUGGACAGGUCUCUGGGCACCCGACGGCAAGUCCGUCGUCUGCCUGGGCAGGACGGGCAGCUGGCGCCGCUGGGUUUACGACGAUGAGCGUGAUCAGUGGAGGAACGCCAUCGCCGUCAGUGGCCACACUAGAACCGUCACGGGCAUCGCGUGGUCCCGCGAUGGGGAUUAUCUCAUGUCCACGAGUUCGGAUCAGACAACACGUCUCCACGCCCGUUGGAAACGCGGUGAUGCCGUCAUUGGCGCCCGCUCGUGGCAUGAGAUGUCCCGUCCCCAGAUCCACGGCUACGACCUCAACUGUAUCGACACUUUGGGCGCCUCCCAGUUCGUCUCAGGCGCCGACGAGAAGCUCAUGCGCGUCUUCAGCGAGCCGCGCGCCGUCGCCAAGAUGCUCCAGACCCUGGGCGGGAUCGAGAGCGGCGCACCCGCGGAAUCUAUGCCAGAUGGCGCCAACAUGCCCGUGCUAGGCCUCUCCAAUAAGGCCAUCGACGCCGUCGACGACGACCAGGAAGUCCAAGCCGACGAUCAGUACGACCGCGAAGCCGUCGACCCGGCGACCGUUGUCCGCAAGUCCAUGCUCGACAUUGACCACCCGCCCUUUGAAGAGUCUCUUUCGCGGCACACCCUCUGGCCGGAGACGGAGAAGCUUUACGGCCAUGGCUACGAAAUCUCCUGUCUGGCCGCCAGCCACGACGGCAAGCUCAUCGCUAGCGCCUGCAAGGCGAGCUCUCUCAACCAUGCUGUCAUCCGCGUCUUUGAGACGGAGCGCUGGACCGAGGUCAGGCCACCGCUGGCGGCGCACACUCUGACCGCCACGAGGCUGCGGUUCUCCUCGGACGACCGCUUCCUCCUCAGCGUGGGCAGAGACCGACAGUGGGCCGUCUUCGAGCGUGGAAGUGACGGGCAGCAGUAUUCCCUCCUUCAGGCGAACCCCAAGGGCCACACGCGCAUGAUUCUCGACGCCGCGUGGGCGCCUCUGUCGACGAGUGAUGGUAGCAGCAGUAGGGUGUUUGUUACGGCGGGACGUGACAAGAACGCCAAGGUUUGGGUUGGCAAAGAGGCCGCAAAGGAUGAGCAAGGCGUCAGCAAGAUCGAGUUCACGUUAGCUUCGAGUAUUGCCUUUGACGGGCCCGUCACGGCUGUCGACUUCCUCGGCAGACGAGGUGCCGGUGGCGAGCUCGCCCUUGCCGUCGGCACCGAGUCUGGCAAGAUCUCUCUUUGCACGCUGACCCCUGAGACGUUCCAGCCGGCCGGCACACUCCAGCUUUCGUCGAGCCUAUGCCUCCCGAAACCCGUUUCGCAACUCGCAUGGCGACCAUCAAAGAGCGAUAGCAGCACAGACGAAUUAGGCAUCGCAGGUGAAGACAGUUCCUUGCGGGUAUACAGCUUCACAGGACUAGGGGCGCCGUCCAAGUCCGACGAAUGA